GUCAAGAAGAAUGCUCUACAGAUCCUUGGGGAAACCACCUGCACCUUUAUGCUCCAAAAAAUCCCCUUCCUAUUUUGUUUACUUGUAGAUUUGUUUGGUGUUUGGGUUUGUUUAUUCUAUAAGAGAUGUUUACGAUUUGAGCUGUCAACGGAGGCCCGCGUGGCAAACUUGAUUUCUAUUGACGUUCCACGUGAUGGCGUAAACAAGAAAUUUGGCACAAGUCCGCUCCUCCGAUUUUGCAUCAGAGCCCAAAAAAACUAGUUUAUCUCGAUCACGCUCUCAGUUCGUGAUGAUAUCAACUAAGUCCGGGGCGCUUUCUGCUAUAAAAGCCCCUCUAUCGGCUUGAAAUCCAACACACUAAAGUUCGAAGGCCUGGCAGUCGAUACCUAAUCAGUGGUUUUUAAAAAUAUUUUCCCCAAAGUGCAUAAACAAAUGUGUCAAUGAAGACACCGGACACCAAAGCCAAGUUGCUGAAUAAUAUAAGUCUAUCUAAACACCUGUCUUCCAAGAAAGGCGGCUCCCGCACUAGUAACUGCGGCAAUUGUCUGGAAUUCUCCGUGCUGACGCGUCUCUCCAGCGUGCCCUGAAGCCCCACUCGUCCAAGCUCACCCAAGCUCCUGUUGAAACUUGAAAGAUAGAAAUCCUUGACAAUGGUUCACCAAACUCGCACACCCAGCAAGGCCAUCCCCGCCAAGCACCUGAGUCCCAUGCGAGCCGUGGAGGGUCUGGGCGGGAAGUACGCCGUGUCGAGCAGUCCGGCAGAUAGUUUCCUGCGGAACACGAGGCUCACGGCCCAGAGCAGCGCCCAGCAGUCGGCCGCCUUCAAAUACAACCAGAUGGUCACCCAGAAUCGGGAGCAGUUCAAUAGCCUGCACUUCUGCUAGGAGGCGGAUGGAGAGACCGCGUCGGUCGGAGGAGGAAAAUGCCGCUACGAUUGCGAUUAGCGAUUGUUUGUCACAAUACUCGUACAUAAAUGCAAUAAAUUCAUUUGCGCAAAUUUCCACAUA